AGAAAGGAGAAGUCACCACACAACUAACAUCACUAAUCGCAGCGCACACAUGCAUGAUCACACGCAAGAGCUUACAGCAAUGUUGAUGAGAAAAACAUCCUAAGACCAAAUUAACAGUAUCAUAGAAUCUAUAGGUGUCUGGCGGUCCUUUCCUCCACCGAACAACAACUUACAUCAUAACCUGAACAGGUGAACCAGAAUGGAAACUGCUCAGGAACGAAAACCAAAGAGACCACACUACAUUCCCCGGCCUCCAGGAAAACCAUUCAAAUACCAAUGUUUCCAAUGUCCUUUCACCUGCAAUGAGAAAUCCCAUCUAUUCAACCACAUGAAAUAUAACCUUUGCAAAAACUCCAUCUCCCUAGUAUCGCAGAAGAAUGGGACAGCAUCAAGACAGAUCAAAACUACAGUCAAAGCAGUUGGGGCCAAAACUAAGGAUAGUCCUAGCCCCUCCCCUGCGUUCCAAAAUGUUGAUAAAAAUAUUAAUGGGGAGAACAAAGCAGAAGAGGAGAAGAGCAAGGACGACACAGAGGAAGUAGACGUGGUGUGUGAUAGUCCCAAGAAUAAGGAGUGCGAUAGUUUGACCAGUCCAGUUGUUGAUCCAGACAACACAGAAAACAAUGAGCUGAUGCCUCUGCCACGCCCGUCCGCCUUCUCCCCCGUCACACCAACUGGAGCUGAGAAACCAUCAGUAGUGCAGCCAGAAGAUCCAAAGACAAGCACUUUACACCAGGCUGGCUUUCCAUGGGGUACUAUGACUACACCAUCAGUUCCUUUAAAGCCUUACCCCCCUCCACUGGUGCCUGAAUACCCCCCAUAUCUUCUAACAGAUCAGGGACUCUAUCCAUCAUACUACCUCACUGCAAACCACCACAGAAGUGACCAAAAUUCUAACUCAUUCAGGCCUGAGUUUCUGGAUCCCCAAAGACCACUUGUACCCCAGCCUGUUACCCCAUCUUACCCUCCCCUCUUCCCCCCAUUCCCCUAUCGGUACUGCUCCCCUCUCCACGCCACUCCUCCUCUUCACUACAGUCUGUACGGACCACAUGAGCUUGCCAUGCCAAUAACGGGAACAAGAUAUCUUCCUCUUGACAUGUAUAGUCCAAACCUUGGGCCAAAAGACUAUGACUUUUACUUACAAGGCCGAGCCAGUCAUGGCACAGGCCCGGUAGAGGAGAACAACCAAGGGCAAAACAAUGAUAAAGUAACUAGACUGAGCCCUAAAGAAGGUUGUUCUGCCUCGGGGUCCCCUGACAGACCAUGCAAUUCAAAUAAUGUCCAAACUGAUUCAGAGGGACCACACUACACCCCUCCUCUCUCACAACCCAGCCGCCCAGACUCAAGACAAGAAAGCUCUGCUGAGAUUUUAAUGCAACUCAGAAGGCAGCAUAUGGACACAGGAUCAGCUGAUAAACAGUAUUCAGCGGUUACUGACAACAACAGAGACGAGGUAGCACCACUCAACCUCUCAACAAGAAGCCAUGACAGAGAAGAUGGUUCUCCAAUCAGACGUGCCACCGACAAUUUAGGCAGAGAAGAAUUGCCUCUCAACCUGAGUAUCCGACCAUCUUAUGUCAGUCCCUCAAUUUGGAGCACUUCCAAAAAACCCCAGAAGGAGCUAGAUGUGGACAUGGAUGAGGAAGUUUGUGACCAAAGGCAGACUGCAGCUCUAGCACUUUGUCAGCUGGCCAGUGCUAGCUCUGCAACCUCAUAUGAGAUCAACAGAGGUGUCACAGAACUGGAAGAAUCAUCAAAUAAAACACUUCAGGAAGGAACAAAAAGUACAACAGAGACUGAAGCAAAGACAGUGAAACGGAAAAACAAAGAUACAAAUGAAAAUAGCCACAAGCCAACAAAGAGGGCAAAGACUACAGGACGGGCUCUGAGAAGGAGGCCUCGCUGCUGCUAACAGAUCAACUACUGUAGAAAUAUCAGACUGAUGCCAAAGGACAAAAAUGUCUUACCCUGAACACUACAAGUCUCCACAUGAAAAUGUUAUUUGACAAUGUCAACGUUAAAGCACUGAAAUUAAAUUAUUCAGAGGAGGAGCAGGUGUAACACGUUUAUUGCCACAACGACAGUAAUAAAAAAACAUAUUAUCAGAGGAAUGAUAUCUAUAGAUGAAUUGUUUAUGGGUGUUGAAAUUAACAUUUUGUGAUACACAUUGUUGGUAAACAAUGCAAAUGUAUUUAGACAUUGAACAAAUAAAAUAUGUUUGUAAAUC